CGCCUGUGAGUCUGUGACCCUUCUCUCUCUCUCUCUCUGUGUGCCCCUGACAUCACACCACUGCGCAUCUUCGUUUCGUCCCCCGACCCAAAUCUCAGCGAGCGCGCGAGCGAGCCCUUCGCCAUGAAAAUGUAGCGACGGAGCGCCGGAGGAGGGACAUCGCCGUUGAGAGACAGAGGCAGGCAAUCGGAGGAGGCGGACGAGGGCAGAGGGACUGAGCCCCGGCGACACUCGGAGCUCCGUCGCUGCGGCGUCGCGCGAGGGAACGAGGAGGAGAGGAAGGAGGGAGGGAGGGGAGGGGAGUGGAAAUGCCGCUGACGAGGUACCAGGUAAGGAACGAGUACGGCCUGGCCGAUCCGGAGCUGUACCGAGCCGCCGACAAGGAUGAUCCCGAGGCUCUCCUGGAGGGCGUCGCCAUGGCCGGCCUCGUCGGCGUCCUCCGCCAGCUCGGCGACCUAGCUGAAUUUGCUGCUGAGAUAUUCCACGACUUGCAUGAAGAGGUUUUGGCCACAGCUUCGAGAGGCCAUAGUCUCAGGGCACGUGUUCAACAGCUGGAGGUAGAAUUCCCUCUAGUUGAGAAGGCAUUGCUGUCCCAAACAAAUCAUUCGUCCUUUUUUUCAAAUCCAGGUGUUGAUUGGCAUGCUAAUAUGCGCUCACAGCAGAAUUUGAUUGCUCGAGGAGACUUGCCUCGCUUUAUCAUGGACUCUUAUGAAGAAUGUAGAGGCCCGCCACGGCUAUUUCUUCUGGACAAGUUUGAUGUUGCUGGUGCUGGGGCUUGUUUGAAGCGUUACACUGAUCCGUCAUUCUUUAGAGUGGACGCUUCAGUAGGUGAAGUUCAGAGGGAAAGAAAAGUGCGCAGGGUAAAGAAGAAAGGAAUGCGUGGUAGAAAUGGAGAAACUCCAGAGAUUUUACCAGCAUCACAUGCCAGACUGCAGCAAUUGUUUAUGGAGGAGAGCAUUGCGAAUAGUUAUAGUAACCCUUCACGUCUUGUGAAAUUGAAGAAAAGGCAGUUUAAUGAACCUCCAUUUUGUUCAAGAAAUGGGAAAAGUUAUAUGGGGAAGUUUGUGGAGACUCCUUCACCUGAGAGUAAAACGGUGCGUGAAGUUUCCAUUGCUCCACCAUCCUUAAGAUGGACAACGGAUUGUGAAUCAGGUAAUGAAGUAGUUGAUGUCAAUAUGGUAAGUCCAAAGAAAAAUCUAUCAAAAGAGAAGGGGAGCACUUUAACAUCCAUUACAGAAGCACUCUUGCCAAAACCAUCUCUUGAAUGUUUGAAUGGGAUGGUCCUUAAUGGGAAGGAAAUGGUGGAGCCUGAGCCACCUCAUGAUAAUGAGACAUAUGGAAGUCCUACUCUUUAUGAGGCUGAGAAAAAGGAGUUGGUUGAUGCAGAAGCCAAGAUGGAUUGUGGCAUGGAUGUUUGCCAUUCUGAUGAGAUAACCAGUGAGGUAGAGAAUUACGUGGAUGCCCUUGCUACCAUGGAAUCUGAAGCUGAAACAGACAAUGAAUACAGAGCUAAAAAUGGCCAAUGUUUCUUGAAUGAUGAAAAAAUUGAGACAGAUUCCGACACAAAUGAAGAUCACCUGGAACUUCAAGCUCAAUAUUCAGACUCUCAAUCUCUAGGCUAUUCUGCCUCGGAAGAUGGAAACUCUCCUCUCAUUAAAGGAAGUUCUAGCUUUACCUACUCUGAUAGUCAAAGCAACUUGGUUGAUAAUAUAGCAUCUGAUGGUGAGGGAAUUGCUAGGGCAUUCCCGUCUACUGAAACUUGUGCCUCUCAUCAUGUGAACAUGACCGAUAACCAGCUUCCUGCACAUGGGGGAACUAGAGAAUUAGAAGACUCCCAUGAGUCUGUUGUGGCCAAACAUAUGGGCAAAGAAGAUGAUGAAAUCAGUGAUCUUGCGGAAGCAUCUGCAGAUUUAUGUUCUAUUGAUAUGAAUGUAAAGCUUUCACCUUCAGCUCAUGGACAAAGUCUACUAGUUGAAUCAGAAACAGAAGGGUCUGACCAAAAAGAGGUGGAGGUAGACAGGAUGAGAGCUGUUUCUUCUGAUUCUGCUUCUCAGAACCAGGAUGGUGCUUUCUCCCCCAUUGCUUCUGAAAGCAAUCCAUUCUUUCAGUCAGCAGAUGCAGAUCCAGAAGUCUCAUCUGAUGUUUUAAUGCACUCUUUGACCGUUCUCGAGUUGCCCCGUGAACAUGAAAGUAAUAUUACCUAUAAGCAUGAAGAAUUGGAUGAUAAAUACAAAGGUGCAGAUCACACUGGAACUGUGACAAGUGGAGAGAUCACUUCUUGGCAUUCAAAUAUGAUGAUCCUGGAAGAUCAGUUCCAGUUUCCAGUAAUGCCAGAAGCGUCCGGAUGUUCAGAUCUUCGAUCACUGCCUGAUAGUUCAGUCGCUCCACCUGCAUGUAAUCCAGAUAUGUUAAACCUGCAUGGUGCAAAUUCUGAAGUUCAUCCUUCGGCAGCUGAUUUGGUGAACUUGGAAAAUCCAAUCGUCGUAGAAGAUGAGCAACAGACUCAUAUCAUUAAACAGCAAUCUUUUGAUUUCACGUAUGAUGCUCCAUCACAUGAGCAAAAUGCACUAGAAGUAGAUGUUCAACCUUUACAGGAAAACGUUGAGUUUGGAAAGCAUGAACCCCCCCUGGAUUUUGAUGAUGUUGUCAAAGUUUCCUCGACCAUGGAAGCAGUGGAAGGAGAUGCCAGUCCUCUUAACUUCCCAUGCAAUAGCUCAAUCCUUAAUGAGAAUACAAACAUCCAUGAUGUGGGGACUGAACGAGCUCCAAUAGAACAGUUGCUACUCCCUACUCCUGUUAUUACCGCUACUGAUGAUAAUGCCAGCACUAGUGUAGAUCCAGCUCCAGAUAUAGUGGGGGGCUCAUGUGCAGAUUCACAAGAACCACUGCCUGACAUUGAUAAUUUGCCUCAGAAAGAGUGUGAGUCAGAUGAGGAAGUUUCUCCAGAAUGUAAUAAAGAGUCGCACUUGCUUGAGGAAGCAAGAGACCCCAAAGUUGCUUAUGCAGAAAACAACUCCAUCCCAAGUGAUCUGAUCCCUCACCCGGAAUCUGCAGUGGAAACUGAGAUGCCUGGCUCAUCUUUUAUGGAGAAAUCGCUGGGCAGACAUCCUUCAGAUGAUGCGACAAUAGGUUCAGGAUAUGCAGAACUAGGCAGUGAGGAGCUUGAACCAAAACCUUCCUCCCAAGGUCAUCUUCCAUGGAGCAGUGAAGAUAUCUCGUCAUCCUUGCACCAAGUAGACCAAGGAGAAACUCUAGAGCACUUGUUGGAUGUGCCACCGCAUGAGCUUCAUUUAAAUUUAUCAUGCGAAGAUGAAGUUAGUCCUCAGACAUGUAAUCCUGAAUCUGAAAAACUGCGAUCAGCAGAUCUCGUGGUUCAGGAGAACAUUCUUUCUAGCAGACCGGGAUCUCCUUUAGAGUGUCCUUUGGGGUUUCAAAAUGACAGAUCUGAUGCAGAGUGUCUGCAAGAUGAUGAAACAAGAAGCCAAUCGUCAACUCUUCUGUCUGGACAACUACAAUCUUCGGACAGUAUAGCCAAAGAAAAAUAUGCAGCUUUUGAAUCAUGUCCAGAAGAUCAACCAACCCAGCAUUCUAUCUCAGAAUCCUUACAAAAGUCAGCUAGCCAGGAAGUUGAUGGUAUUAGUCCAGUAGGGGCUUCAUUACAUACCAAUAUUGCUAUAUCUCCACAAACCUCUGAUGUGGCUGAAAUUAAUCACGAGGAUGUUCCCAAUUUGGCACCUUUACCUCCUCCCGAAUGGACAAUACGAAAGGAUCAUCACGUUCCUCUUGCUUCACAGAGUGAAGUAAUUCAAGAUGGGCAGGAAUGCUUCCAAUGGUUACAACAGUUACCAGCUGAAGAAAAUCCACAACUUCAGUUGUCAGCAUCAGAGGGAGGAUUAAUAUGGCCACAUCACACAUUUCUGAACACGGAAAAUGAGAAGCUACACUCUGACGAACAAGAGGAUAAAUUGGCACUGCCCAGUCCGUUAUCUUCUCUAACUCAAAUCACAGAUGGCAAUUCCGUUAUUCGGGAUAACAAUUCUGUGAUGGAGGCUACAGAAGUACCGGACCACUUCUCAGCAAGUGUGUCUGAACAUGCUUUCCUUGAUUUGGGAAGAGGAGUGGUGCAAUCCAAUUCAAACAGUCUCCCACCUCAUCCAGUUAUUGAAGACGGACCCUCUAGAAGUGACCCCGUAUCUUCACAGGGAGAAGUUACUCAAUAUAUUGAGUCAACUUCGUCUGUUUCAAAGGAUGAGGGUCAGCAGAAUUUUAAUGAGAAAUCAGAAGCACAGCAUGAGAGUUCUCGUAAUGCAUCCGGGCCAUCAGAAAUGAAGCAAGAUGAGCAUCUCCAACAUGAUCUGCGUAAUUUAGAUGGAGAAAGAGCAUUGGAGGCAACUUCAGCUCUACCAGAAAAUGAAGUUGUACAACCAAAUGGAAAAUCAAUGAGUAAUAUUCCACGCCCGCCAAAACGUCUCAUAGAGGCUGUUGCUGCUCAUGAUAGAAGCAUGUUGAGGAAGGUUACUGAAAGAAUAAAGCCUCCAAUUGAACCAAGAGCAAAUGAAAGAGAUUCGUUGCUACAGCAAAUACGGACAAAGUCAUUCAACUUGAAGCCUGCUGCUAUCACCCGACCAAGUAUUCAGGGUCCUAAAACUAACUUGAGGGUUAAUGCUAUUUUGGAGAAGGCUAAUGCCAUUCGCCAGGCAUUUGCUGGAAGUGAUGAAGAUGACGAUGAAGAUAGUUGGAGUGACUCUUGAGAACGUUUGAUUCGUUGUGCAAAAUUUUACUGCCGCAUCUUCUUUGAAGAGGAAAAUUGCCUAUUUUGCCCUGAUUUCUUUGUUCCUUCGUGUAUGUAUAAAUAUCCUCCCCACACCCCCUCCCAAAAGAAGAAAAUGUUAAAAGGGUUUCAAUCCUCACCUUUCUCGCACCAGAAAGUGAAGCAAGAGCAUAGACUUGUCAAAGCCAGCAUGUAAGUGCUGUAAUCGGUUCAUUUAUGUACUUGUGUUUAGUAUAUAUAUGUGUUGAUGUAUAGUGUGCCAUAAAUUUUGAUACGUAGUGUUUCUCAUGUGACAUUACAAAGUUCUAUAUAAUGGAAUGAUGAUUUAGCUCUGUUCGCGUAUAA